AUGUCUUGCCCGCUUUCCAGUCUCGUCAACCCCCUCGACAAAGACAACCAGACCCCUGCCCUCGAGCUCCACCAUGUUGGCGCAGAGAAGACCACGGCCACUGCGUUCGCAGACAACCUCUCGGCCCCUGUCGACUCCAAGAUCGUGAACCCGGGCUCCUUAAGCGCUUUAUACAACGAGAAAUUGGCGAGGGGGAAUUCCUCAGAAGCCCCCGCUCAUGGCUCUCUCAGCCUCUACGGUCUCGUCCAGAGCGCACCUCAAAAGGGCACCGCUGCCGUCGAUGCCAUUGCACCCAAGCGUCUGGCCCAACUGAGCCCUGUCUAUAAGCUCCUCCUACCGGAUGGCCCGACCAACACCGUGAUCGGAGUUGCCAUGACCACAACUGUCGCCGAGGGCCAAGGAUAUAUGUACUGCAUGACCGGGACCGAAGAAAAGCCACGCAUCACCGAGUUCUCAAUCGGUUGGUCGUCCAGCUUAAGAGGCGAGGACAUCAUCACCAAGCCCCUCGACACCAAGCCACCCCUGGGUGCCAGCAACCUCGCAGCCGUCUACGAUCCAGCCGCCGAGAAAGAAGCUCAUGGUCUACCAAAACGAAGACAACCUCCGCAUCGUCGAGUCGACCAGCGAAAAUGGUAA